GGACUAUAUUCUCAAAGAAAAAAGAUGGGGGUGAAAUUGGUAGCAGCAAUAGUAGGCGUAGUAUGCGUGGCUUUAGGGUUAGGGUGGAAGGCUCUUCUAAGCGUGUCUCCAAUAGAUCCUCUGCCUUUUGACCUUCCUCCACCUCCAGACAGAGUGGGAAUCUUGUCUUACAACAAUAGACUCCACUCUGCAUUCAAGCUUGCCUUUGGGCAGGUGUUGGGACCAGAAGAUCUGGCAGUUGAUUCUCAAGGAAGACUCUAUACAGCUUGUGCAGAUGGCUGGAUUAAACGCAUCUCCUUUGAGAGCAACGACUCAUACUCCUCUCUGCAGGUCGAGAAGUGGGCAUACGUUGGAGGCCGUCCAUUGGGGAUUGUUCUUGGCCUCCAUGGAGAGUUAUUAGUCUGCGAGGCUUCCAGGGGGCUGCUAAAUGUGACAGAGGAUAAAGUGGAGCUGCUGUCCGGGGAAGCUGAGGGAUUGCCUUACAGGCUCGCAGAUGGAGUGGAUGUUGACAAAGACGGGAUCAUUUAUUUUACAGACGCCAGCUACAAAUAUGGGAUUAAUUUCACUACCAUAGAUAUCAUCGAGGGUCGACCUCGCGGUCGGCUACUCAAAUAUGACCCUGCAACAAACACUACUAGUGUCCUACUCAAAGAUCUCUACUUCGCCAAUGGUGUCGCGCUCUCCCCAAAACAGGAUUUCCUCGUCUUCUGUGAAACGUCAAUGUUCCGGUGUAAGAAAUUCUGGCUGGAUGGGCCCAAGAAAGGCCAAACGGAACUUUUCAUAGACAGACUCCCCGGAUUUCCUGAUAACAUCCGAUAUGACGGACAAGGCAUCUUCUGGAUUGGACUUCCAACGAGCUGGAGCCCGUUAGGCAGGACGAUGGUAAGAUACCCUUCUCUAAGGCAUCUGGCUCUAGCGAUGGCGGCAGUGGCGCCACGUGUCAUAGAUGCUGCAAAAGAAAAAGAAUCGAGCGUUUUAGGCGUAAAUGAAAAUGGGGAGGCGGUUGCACUUUUCUCUUAUCCGGGACUCACCACGAUCACUGUAGGGUUGAGAGUUGGAGAGUUUCUUUACUAUGGAGGUCUUCAUCUCGAAUACAUCGGUCGUCUUCACUUUGGGACAGAACUAUGAAAACCUGUGAUCCGCCCUAUUUUCUGAUAGAAAUUCGGUCUAAAUUGCUAUACAUGGUUUGUUUAUUGAAUCUGAUGAUGUUUGUAUA